UCAUUGGCUUAGGAUUUGAUUUUUAUCUUGGGGGAUAGAUGACGGGUAGUGUUUCUCCCAAACCAGCACCUGCAGCGUAUGUUGGAUGGAGAGCCAUGGAAGACAUCAUGUUUUAGCUUGGCCUAUGGCAUGUUUAACUUCUGAUUCCAGGGAACAUCCCAGCUUCUAGGAGGAAGGCACCAGAAUAGUUCAGCCUGUCCUUUUGGGGAAAAUUAUUAGUAUUUGGAGUACUAUGAUCCCAGUGAUUCUGCCACCUUCCACGAAGCCUUGGCCUACGCCGCAGGGGCUGAGCGCCUGCGUGCUCACCUGGGCCUUUCUGCACCACUUGUACUUCUAUCACAUUCAGCGUGUGGGGAUGAGGCUGAGGGUAGCCGUGUGCCACAUGAUUUACCGCAAGGCACUUCGCCUGAGCAACUUGGCCACAAGGGAGACCAGCACCGGCCAGAUAGUCAAUCUGCUGUCCAAUGACGUGAACAGGUUUGACCAGGUGACAAUGUUCCUGCACUUUCUGUGGGUGGGGCCUCUGCAGGCUGUCGCGGUGACCGCCCUGCUCUGGAUGGAAGUAGGAAUAUCAUGUCUUGCGGGGAUGGCGGUUCUAAUUCUUCUCCUGCUUUUGCAAAGCUGCAUCGGGAAGUUGUUUUCAUCACUCUGGAGUAAGACUGCAGCUUACACAGAUGACAGGAUCAGGACCGUGAGUGAAGUUAUAACUGGCAUCAGAACAGUAAAAAUGUACACUUGGGAAAAGUCAUUUGCAGAUCUUAUUGCCAGAUUGAGAAGGAAGGAAGUUUCCAAGAUUCUGAGAAGUUCCUACCUUAGAGGACUGAAUUUGGCGUCAUUUUUCGCUGUGAGCAAAAUCAUGAUUUUUGUCACCUUCAUCACCAUUGUGCUCCUUGACAACGUGAUCACAGCCAGCCAAGUGUUUGUGGUGGUGACACUGUUCGAGGCUCUGCGGUUGACGGGUACCCUCCACUUCCCCAUGGCCAUUGAGAAGGUGUCCGAGGCGGUCGUCAGCAUCCGAAGAGUCAAGAACUUUCUGUUACUCGAUGAGGUAUCAGAGUGCAAUUCUCAGCUGCCAUCAGAUGGUGAAACGAUAGUACAGUUGCAAGAUUUCACUGCUUUUUGGGAUAAGGCCUCAGAAAUUCCAACCCUCCAAGGCCUUUGCUUUACUGUGAGACCCGGGGAACUGUUAGCUGUGGUCGGACCUGUGGGAGCAGGAAAGUCGUCACUGUUGAAUGCGGUGCUGGGGGAGCUGCCCCCGAGUCAGGGGCAGGUCACCGUGCGCGGGAGGAUCGCGUAUGUUCCUCAGCAGCCCUGGCUGUUUCCCGGAACCGUGAGGAGUAAUAUUUUAUUUGGGAAGAAAUAUGAAAAAGACCGAUAUGAAAAAGUACUAAAGGCUUGUGCUCUGGAAGAGGAUUUGCAGCUUUUGGUUGGCAGGGAUCUAACUGUGGUUGGAGACCGGGGAACCCCACUGAGCGCAGGGCAGAAAGCCCGCAUCAGCCUCGCAAGAGCCGUGUAUCAGGACGCAGACAUCUACCUUCUGGACGACCCGCUCAGCGCUGUCGAUGCAGGGGUCAGCAAGCACCUGUUUGGACAGUGUAUUUGCCAAGCCUUGCACGAGAAGAUCACAAUCUUAGUGACCCAUCAGCUAUGGUACCUAAAGGCUGCAAGUCAGAUUCUGAUAUUGAAAGAUGGCAAAAUUAUGAAAAAGGGGACUUAUGUUGAGUUUCCAAAACCUGGGGUAGAUUUUGAAGAUAUCCUUUUAAAGACGAAUGAGGAGGCUGAACCAUCUCGAGUUCCAGACUCUCCCACUCUGAGGGGUCAGCCCUCCGAAUCUUCUGUUCAGCCUCAAGAGUCUCCCAGACCCUCGCUGGAAGAUGCUGCCCCUGAGGACCAAGAUACUGAGACUAUACAGGUUGCCCUGUCACUGGAAAGCCGUUCAGAGGGAAAAGUUGAUUUUAAGACCUACAAGGAUUACUUCACAGCUGGUGCUCACUGGUUUAUCAUCAUUUUCCUUAUUCUCAUAAACAUCGCAGCUCAGGUGUCCUACGUCCUUCAGGAUUGGUGGCUCUCAUCCUGGGCAAAUGAACUAAGUACCAUGUAUGCCAUGACAUAUGGAAAAGGAAAUAUAAUCUUGUUAUCUGAUCCUGGCUGGUACUUUACACCUUAUUCAGUUCUCACUGCAGGUACCGUGCUAUUUGGCAUCUCGAGGUCUCUGUUGAUGUUCUACGUCCUUGUUAAUUCUUCACAAACUCUGCACAAGCAAAUGAUAGAGUCCAUUUUGAGAGCUCCGGUAUUGUUCUUCGAUAGAAAUCCGACAGGAAGAAUUUUAAAUCGUUUUUCCAAAGACACUGGGCAUAUGGAUGACUUGCUGCCCCAGAUUUUUCAAGAUUUCGUGCAGACAUUUCUCCUUGUGAUGGGUGUGGUGGGCGUGAUGGUGGUGGUGAUUCCUUGGACUGUGAUACCCCUGAUUUCACUUGGCAUCAUCUUCUUUGUUCUUCGGAGAUAUUUCUUAGAGACGUCACGAGAUGUGAAACGCCUGGAAUGCGCAACUCGGAGCCCGGUCUUUUCCCACCUAGCAUCUUCUCUCCAGGGACGCUGGACCAUCCGGGCGUUCAAAGCCCAACAGAGAUUUCAGGAGCUGUUUGACGCUCACCAGGAUUUGCACUCAGAGGCCUGGUCCUUGUCUUUGACCACAUCCCGAUGGUUCGCCCUGUGCCUGGAUGCCAUCUGUGCCAUCUUUGUCAUUGGUGUUGCCUUUGGGUCCCUGUUUCUGGCAGAAACUUUGAAUGUCGGGCAGGUGGGCCUGGUGCUGUCUCUCGCCCUCACGUUCACGGUGAUGGUCCCGCGGUGCGUCAGGCAAAGUGCCGAAGCCGAGAACAUGAUGAUUUCAGUAGAAAGAGUGACUGAAUAUAUAGACCUUGAGAAAGAAGCACCCUGGGAAUAUGAGUAUCGUCCACCGCCAUCCUGGCCCCAUGUAGGACGGAUUCGCUUUAGUAAUGUGAGCUUCAGGUACAGCUCAGACGGGCCUGUGGUACUGAGGGAGCUGAUGCCACAGAUUACCUCAGGAAGCAAGGUUGGCAUUGUGGGAAGAACAGGAGCUGGAAAAAGUUCUCUCGUCUCGGCCCUUUUCAGAUUGUCAGAACCCGAAGGUAGAAUUUGGAUUAGUGUGAUAAACACAACCACCAUUGGACUUCACGAUUUAAGGAAGAAAAUGUCAGUCGUACCUCAGGAACCUGUUUUAUUCACUGGGACAAUGAGGAAAAAUCUGGAUCCCUUUCAUGAGCAUACGGAUGAAGAACUGUGGAACGCCUUAGAAGAGGUUCAGCUUAAAGAAGCUGUUGAAGGUCUCCCUGGGAAACUGAAUGCUGAAUUAGCAGAAUCUGGAUCGAACUUGAGUGCUGGACAGAGACAGCUGGUGUCCUUUGCCAGGGCUAUUCUCAGGAAAAAUAAGAUAUUGAUUAUUGACAAAGCCACAUCCAAUGUGGAUCCAAGAACUGAUGAGUUAAUUAAGAAAAACAUCCAUGAGAAAUUUGCCCAGUGCACUGUGUUAACCAUCACAAACAGGUUGAGCACCGUUAUUGACAGCGAAUUUGUAAUGGUUUUGGAUUCAGGAAGACAGGUAGAAUAUAGUCAGCCGUAUGAGUUGCUACAAGAUGAAGAGAGCCUAUUUUACAAGAUGGUGCAACACCUGGGGGAGGCCUAGGCCGCUGCCCCCACUGAGACAGCAACACAGGCAUACUUCAGAGACAGAUUUUUCACAGGGAGCACGUGAACAAGUUAUGAACACUUCCAGGGGACAGCCCUCCGCCUUAACAAUUUUGAGCCAGCGCUGUGAUUCUACCAUAAGGUCAAGUCUAUUCUGCACUGCAAAAACUAUGUUGUACUUCUUUUUUACACCAACAACAAAUAUUUACAUGUUUUUUUUAUUUUUUCUCCAUCUUCACCCGUUGAUUUCCUGCUCCUAUGAAAUGAUUUAUAUUUUUAUUUAUAUAUUAUAGAAUUUUCUUCUUAUCCAAAUCAGUGGUGUGGAUCACCAAUAAAAGCUUUCUCCUAGGUUUUGUGCCACAAGAGACUCCAGAGAUGCAGCUCAUUUUCUAAGGUAUAGGACAGAGUUGUCACUUAUUUUUUGCUGCUCUACAGAUUACGUGCCACUUUCCAGUUAUAUCAGGGACUCUGUUUACUGGAAGACUGUGUGAAGCUGCCAUGUUGUCUGACCACCUCCUUUAACAUAACUGGGAUCCGUUACUCUCCCCAAGACUUCUUUCUGGUUGAAAUAGUACAGAGAAAUACUAAUAGGAAAAAUAUGUAUACUUUAAGUGGUAUUAUAGGAAAGCUGUUCACCCCUCCAAAAUGAAAGCUAUAUGGUUAAAAUACAGAAGGACAACAUUUAAUUCUGUUCUAAAAGAAAAGGAAGAGAAAAUAUGAUUCUCACAAUGUAGCCCUUCUAGGGGAUUUGAUAAUGAAGGACAGACAUGUAUAUGAUCAUCUAGAUGGAGGGAUUGUUUUGCAUAUUUUAUUGUAAACACAUAUACCACAAAAUUUACAAUCAUAACCAUUUUAAACAUACAAUUCAGUGCCAUUAAUCACAUUCCCAGUGUUGGGCAACCAUCACCCUCUAGUUCAUUUUUGGUAGUUCUUUUAGAACUAUUCAGUUAUUGCUACAAAGUCAUUUUUAAGUUUCAUUCUCUAGGAAUUGAUCUGUUUCCUACAAGUUUUAAGUGUGACUGGCAUAAAGUCAUUUACAUAUCUUAUAUGUUUAAUUUCUUCAACAUUUGUAGGUGUGUUUUUUUUCCUUUUUAAUUUUCUUUGACCUUUUUUUCUUGAAUAAUCUUACAGGACUUUUUCCUAUUAAUUUUCCUGCUUAAUUUAUCCUUCUGUUUUUUUUUUCUAGUUCAUAUUAUUUCUUUCCUUCAUCUGUUCUUCAUUUUAGGAUUUUUUUCCCCUCUACUUUUUAAAAACAGAAACUUAGAUUAAUUUUUAACUUAAUUAUAAAGCCUACUUUUUUCCCUAAGUAGCACUUUAGCAGCAACCUGCAAGUUUUGGUUCUUAGCACUGAUAAGUAACCAUAAUAAUAGCCAUUUUCUAACUUACCUGUAUCUUUUACCCAUGAGCUAUUCCUAAGUGUAAUGUUCUCUAAACUUCAGAGGUUAAUGGCAUUUUCUUGUUAGAUUAAACCUUGUGAAUAUGCUAAUAUUAAACCUUUUUUUAACCUAUAAAAAUGGCAGUUCAUAUGGUUCAACAUAAUUGUUUUGUUACUAAUAUGUAAGUUUCACUUUGGUCAGAGAACAUUAGAUUGCAUUUUAAACCAAAGGUAACUGCAUUCACACACAAAGUCCUGUUUUUAUCUUUUUGUAUUCUUUUUGGGCUUUUUAAAAUGUUGUAAGCAUGUGCAUAACCAGUGAUUUUCAAAUGAAAAUCUGAGCACUGGAAUCUUUUUUUUUUUUGGAUACAUGUUGCUGGUUGGUUCUCUGGGGUACAAAUUCAGGUGGAGAUUAAUAUUGGGAUGAGUAUUAGGGGUACCCUUGGGUUCAACAUUUGUGGAGUCAAGAGGGAAGAAACAUGAUAGGGUAGAGGGAAAGAUCAAGCAGGACUGCUGCCCAGACAACCUUAGCUGACCCCAUGGGGUCUCUGGAUGAAGGUGGCCCCUCAGGGUUUCCUGACAUGUCCAGUGGCCAGGCCUUUAUACCUCCACCUGAUGGGUCAUUGCAUGUAUGUGGCCUGCAGAAGGGCUGGUGGUUUAAGGUUGCCCAUUGGCAGCACUUCCAACAGCUGGACAACAAGUCCUUGAAGGAAGGUCUGAAUGGCACGUGUCCAUGUCUCCCACCUAUGUGUCACAGCUACAGAGGUAGAUGGUUAAGGUGUAUGUACUGUGGAGGGAUGCUCUUGGUGACUGCUGUAAGUCAAAAUGAUUAAAUGUUUCUCCUAAAUACCCUGUGGUCUGAAAAUAAAGGAGCAGGUCCACGUAGGGGAGAAACCCUCAUUCUCUGGGGUCAGCCCAGUUUUCAGCUCUUCAGGAAGCCAUCAGUCAUCAUCCUAGGUAACUCGUGUUGCUGUAAUGCCCUCAACACCUCUCAUUUGUUAAAAUGAACCAUACUUGGUUAAUGUCCUAUUUUAGCCAUCUUUAGACACUUAUUUUUUAAACAAGGGACCCUGCUUUUUCCAUUUUGCACUGAGUCCUGUAAAUUAUGUAGCCUGCCCUAACUAUGAGUAUUCAUUCUUGGGUGGUCUGUUUUGUCAAUAAACCAUGAGCUUCUAAAGAC